CCGCAACUUAAUUGACAAUUCCUCAUAAGACUGUCCCUCUUGUGCAAGACUAUAGAGUUCGGCACCUAUAGUCACAGCAUUGUAUCGCUUAGCUGAAUUGCUGUCAGCCGCGGGUCUACUGCGUAGAUCAGGCUAGGAAAAACAGGUCCCAAUUCCGGUGUGAAGUUAUUCAAUUCAGGCGACCUAAAACGUAAUCAUCAUAAUGGUGAAAAAUGCCUUAUUUCGGUGAGGAUGUCGACGGUACCAUACCAUUUUAAAUGUGGGGUGUGCUGCAGGGGAGCACACUGUGUGCUGAAGACGAAAUUGCCUCGCUGAGAGGCCACGCUCAGUUAGCGCUGGCCAGCGUCUCGCAGCUCAGCAUCUCUGUCCUCGAGGACACCCUCGCCCCCUCCGCCUUCCUUGAUGCCUCUCAAAACUCUGAUGGGCCCGAGGUGGUGCCGGAGGAGAUGACAGUUGAUCACGGCAGCACGGGAGCAAAGCUGGAAGGAAUCAGGGAGCAGCUGCUGGCGCUGCAGGACGCACUGCCGGCCGCCUCCUGCCCUGACGCCGGCGCUGCAGAGGGAAGAAGAGGGGAAGGGAGGGAAGAAUGCAGCUUCGUCCCGGUGCCAGGACACUGUGGCAUCGCAGGCAACGUUGCUGCAGAUGCUCUUGCACGAGCAGCACUGAACUUAGCCAACACGACCAACCUUACCUUGGGCACGAGAAACUGGAAAGUCAAGAUCGCCAAGCACUACCGCAGCGUUUGGCAUACCGCCUGGUCAACCCUACCUGCCCACAUCACCUAG